AAGUCACAUGACCAGCCCCUUACAGUAAGAACCCAAUAUGGCAGCAGCAGUCGCUCCUGCCCUGUAACUACAGCAAUAUUUCCACAAAUACAGCAAUAACACGCACCGACAGAUAGUAAUUACAACCCAACUGCAGGCAUGAGGGAGAAACAGAGGAAGAAGAAAGGGAGGACCUGGGCAGAGGCUGCCAAAACGGUACUGGAGAAGUACUCCAACACACCCAUGAGCCAUAAAGAAAUUCUUCAGGUGAUCCAAAGAGAGGGUUUGAAAGAGAUCAGAAGUGGGACUUCCCCUCUGGCAUGUUUAAAUGCAAUGCUACACACCAACUCCCGAGGAGAAGAGGGAAUUUUCUACAAAGUACCCGGUCGUAUGGGAGUAUACACAUUGAAGAAGGACAUAUCAGACAGUGCAAAGGAUUUGUCGGAGGAAGGCUCUGAAGAUAGCAGCGACAAUCAUUCAGAUUCACAGAGCACAGAGAACAACAAUAACAGCAACAAAGACAUGAAGAAGAGCAAGUGGAAACGAAAAGUGCCCCCCAAACUCCAAUCACAGCCUCCAUCACCUCAGUCCAGAUGCCAGUCUCCUUCCAUUACAGCGAGUAAGGUCAUCUCCCCAUCACAGAAACACAGCAAGAAAGCACUCAAACAGGCCCUGAAGCAGCAGCAGCAGAAGAACCAGCGGAGACAGGGAGCAGUGGCUGCUUCCUCGAACCCACGACUUCUCCUCAAGACCGUCAAAGAUAUGGGCGACCAGACGGCUUCCAAAACCGGGUGGGAGGUGAAGCAGUCGGACAGACGAUCGUCCAGCCCUCAGAACUCCACCUCCAGCUCAUCAUCUUCUGUGAAAACAGACCUGUCCUCUUCAGCAGCUGGCAAGAAAACAUCUCAGAGGUCUGACAGACUCAAUGCAAGGCAGCUGAAGCGUUCAAAAUGUGCAGAGAUCGACGUGGAAACUCCAGACUCCAUCUUGGUGAACACCAACUUGCGGGCCUUGAUAAACAAGCACACUUUCUGUGUGUUACCCCCGGAGUGCCAGCACUGCUUACUGAGCCUUCUGCCAGAGGUGGAUAGGCAGGUGAGUGCGGAUGGAUUGAUGAAGUUGAGCAGCUCGGCCUUAAAUAAUGAAUUCUUUACAUCUGCAGCUCAGUCCUGGAAAGAAAGAUUAUCAGAGGGUGAGUUCACGCCAGAGAUGCGACUGAGAAUACGACAGGAGAUAGAAAAAGAAAAGAAGGUGGAGCUGUGGAAGGAACAUUUUUUUGAGAGAUACUAUGGCCAGAAUUCUGGUUUAAGCUUGGAAGAAUCCAAAAUGCUGACAGCAGCCACGAAGAGCCCAGAGGCCGCCAUACAUCAGCCCACCCCCUCAGCCCCCAGGCAGCCGCCUGCAGUGAAGACAGCGGUGAAGGCUGAGCUCAAGGAGGAACUCAAGGUUAACAUAGACAAAAAAUCUGUCUCUGAAAUUAAGAUAGAUGACAAAAAAGACUGUUGCGCAUUAGAAAAUUUAAAGACAAAUCCCAGAGAUAAAACACUUAAAACAGAGAGGGCACAAGCCAGAGCAGGCCCUGAAAAGACUCCAGAAAGCCCUGUAGUCGAGAAGCCUGUUGUAGCCGAAGCAGAAGCAGUUUCAACACCAGUUGAAGUCAAAACUGAAGAAGAAGCAAACGACAAAGAGUUCCUGACAAGAGAAUCACAGGAGCAGGGUGGAUCCAAACUAAAGGUGUCUCCACAGAGCACUAAAAUCCCCAGUCAUGACAAAAUGGAAGUGACCGUGACAACAGUGGACAAACAAGAGGGUGAUAGACUCAGGAAGAUGCAGGAGGCAGAGCAAAUGGAUGUCGCCCAGGCGGGACUGAAGAGAAAGUCCCCUAGUCAGCAGGAGGAGGUGCUAUCAAGCCCUGAGAAGAAGCCCCGGGUGUCAGAGCAGCAGUUAUUUCGGACCCCUCCCAAAAGCCCUCCCAACAGCAGGGAAAACACUCCAGAGCCAAAGGUCCCUCCGCUCAAGAUUCCAGUCUCAAGAAUCUUGCCUGUGGCAGCCCCUGCUGGUCAGGUCUCUCCCAGGGCCCUGUUUACAUCCCCAAUCACCAGUCCUGGGCGUACAGGGGCACGCACCUUGGCCGACAUCAAGGCUAAAGCCCAGUUGGCCAAGGCCCAGCGGGCAGCUGCUGCUGCUGCAGCAGCCGCAGCAGCCACAGCUUCAUCUUCAGGGGGUGCCGUGCCGGGCCCUGGGCCAGGGGGAGGAGGUGGCCCUGAGGGGGCCAGUGGCACAGGAGAUGCAGUUAGUGAGUUGGGUACAAGGGGGAUCACAACGGAUCUGGGAAGAACUGGAGGAAGGGGAGCUGCGGGAGGGAUUCUUGCUGCCCGUCCAGAGGCCCAGACCAAGUGCUUAUCCUACACUGGCUGUGACUCAAGAACACAAUUACAGCAAACCGCCACACCAGAGGCCAAAGCCUGCUAUACUAGUACAGCCUCCAACUCGCUGUCUGCAAAAUCCCCACCAGCCACAACAUCUCCGAUAGGGAACUCCCGCACAAAGAACGCAGCUAGUCCGUUGUCGACGUCAUCGCAGUCAUCAAAGUCUGGCGGAGCAUCCAGCUUCACUUUUAAAGAGCAAUCGAAAUCAGCAGCUUCUACUCUAGAUGUAACUCAGCCACCAACACAAUCAUCAACAGUACCAGUUACUGAUGAUGGUGAGACAGACACUGACAAAACUGGGAAAGCAGCAAUAACAGAAAAAGUUGUUGAUUUGUCUAAGGAAAAAUAUGCAUCUCCUUUAGUACAACAGCCGUCAGCUUCUGUUGUCUCCACGGUGAAUCCCCCUGCCACAGUUUUGGUCUCUAGCAUGCCUACAAUGUCUCCGCAUUCUAGCAUUGCAGUAACCCUUGAGACUUCAAGUCAAAAGACACCAGAGACCCAUCCUGCAUGCGGGCCUGUAACCAAGACUAGCUCUUCCAUCCCUGCAAACAACCCACUUGUCACCCAGCUUCUGCAAGGAAAAGAAGUCCCCCUUGAGCAAAUCCUUCCAAAAAUCCUAACCAGAAUUGAAGUGAAACCCCUUAUCGUGGCCUCAGGUGAUAAAGGGAAGAUGUCUAAUGCUACCACAGUGGUAGUGUCUGUGGCAAACAGCGAGCACCAAUCCAGAGCCUACCCAGAACUCUAUGGAAAAGCGGUCAACUCACAAAGGCAAUUGUGGCCAAGCCAUGUGAUGAUGGGUAGAGUGGACCUUGCCCAACAACAAAGAGAAAUGCUCAAUAAGACCACACAGCAACAGAUACUGCAGACCCUUAUUGAGAGGGCCCAGAGUCAGCAUUUUAUCCCGGUGUCACAUCCUUCACAGCAGGGGUUCUGCCACUUUGGCCUCCCAAUAGAAGACAAUUCCAGCAGUCAAAGAUUUGCAUUGGGUUUCAUGGGCCGGAAAAGAACCUCCAAGCCUGCCAUGUCAGGCCAUUACCUUCUCAACAUCUCAACUUAUGGGAGGAGUUCUGAGAGCUACAAACGGGCUCAAAUGGCCAACACAGAGAACCGUCUGGGAAUGAAUGCCCCCUUUGCUGCCUUGAAGAAGGAAUUCAAAGAGGGUGAUAUUACUGCUGAGGAAAAUCAAGAGCAACACUCAUUUGAAAAAUCUGAUGAUUUAGCAGCAGGCCAGUCUGAACUUUUACAUGUCAAGAAAGAGCAGCAGGGGCCUCUGGAUGUGGAAAGAAUUGGAGUGAGCCUGAGUAACAUUAAAUCUGAUGCUUUGCUUGACGUCAGUUACAACCACAGGGUGAAGCUUGAGUCUGCCUUGCUAGAUCAGUUACCAGACAGGGAGGAGGGCUCAACCCUGUCAGCCAGCAAGGAUGGUGUCGCCAUAGCCAAAGAAAUCGACCAAGUAUCCAAGUCUAGCAUAGCGCACAGUGAAGCUGGCAAUCACCUGCAGGGUAACUCAGAACUUUAUCAAAUGCCAGUUUCUGCAGGAAACCACCAGCAUCAAGAGUCUAUUCACCAGCAGAGGAAGUUGUAUGAAAACCAUAACUCAGAGGUUGGACAUUUUUAUGGUGGCAAAAUCAAUUUGUCUACAUCACGUGCCCUGAAUCAUAGUUCCAAGGCACCCGGGAACUCCCCAGGCUACAGCCCAGUAUCGAGUAGUGGCGGAAGUGUCAUGUCUUUUUCAGUGACUGUCACAACAAUUCCUGCCAGCCAUACAUUAGACCAUGCCAGCCAUGGGGAAACAACACCAAUGCAGGCUUUCACAGAAGGCUCUGACAUAGAGGACUCUCCUUCAAACUGUUACUGCAGGCUGAAAGCUAUGAUCAUGUGCAAGGGUUGUGGAGCAUUUUGUCACGAUGACUGCAUUGGCCCUUCCAAACUGUGCGUCUCAUGUCUAGUGGUGCGAUAAGAAAUAAAGAAAUAAACACUGAUUAGUUUUAAUCAGGAUUAUUUAUUGUAAUCUCUUAUUGUAAUUAUAUAAAAAAGAAGACCACACCUUAUACUAGACUUGAGUCACUUGUGUUUGUGAAUUGUGACAGAUUUUGCACUUAGAGAAUCACAUCGC